AUGGCGACGACGAAGGCGCUCUGCGUGACGGCUCAGGCUCCGGUGAACAUUGCUGUGAUCAAGUACUGGGGCAAGACCGAUGAGAAGCUCAUCUUGCCGCUCAAUUCGUCCCUCUCCACCACCCUCAGCAUGACCGACCUCUGCACCACCACCACCGUCAUGGCCAGCAAGGAGUUCAAGGAGGACCGGCUGUGGCUCAACGGGAAGGAGGAGAGCGUGUCGUCCGGCCGCAUGCAGAACUGCAUCGGGCAGCUGGUGGCCCGCAGCGGGCUGCUCAAGCGGCUCGGCGAGAACGUGGAGGAGGGCAAGGCCCGCGAGUACCACUUCCACAUCGUCUCCGUCAACAACUUCCCCACCGCCGCUGGUCUGGCCUCGUCCGCCUCCGGCUUCGCCUGCCUCACCUACACGCUCGGUACUCUGCUGGAGGUUGAGGGCGACCUCUCGGCCAUCGCUCGCCUUGGCUCGGGCAGCAUCUACGGCGGUUUCGUGAAGUGGGUCAAGGGCGAGAAGGCCGACGGCACCGACUCCAUCGCCGUCCAGGUCGCGCCGGAGACCCACUGGCCGGAGCUGCAGAUUUUGGUGUGCGUGGUGAGCGCCAAACACAAGGAGACGCCCUCCACCUCCGGCAUGCAGACUUCGACGGAGACCAGCCCGUUCCUCGCCUACCGGGCGGCGCACAUCGUCGAGGAGCGCAUGAAGCAGAUGGAGGACGCCAUCCACAAGCGCGACUUCCAGCUUUACGGCGAGCUCACCAUGCGGGACAGCAACUCGUUCCACUCGACCUGCCUCGACACCUAUCCGCCGAUCUUCUACCUCAACGACACCUCCAAGACCAUCAUCAACCUGAUCACGUAUGUGAACAAGCACUACGGCAAGAUCAAGAUCGCCUACACCUUCGACGCCGGUCCCAACGCGGUGCUCUACGCCCUGAAGGAGGACACCCCGCUGCUGCUGCACCUCAUCACCCGCUACUUCCCGCCCUCGUCCGACCUCGCCCACUUCGUUGAGGGAAGCGGGCCGAAGGAGUGCGGCGUGGAGUCGAUCGAGUCGCUCGGCGCGCAGCUCAAGGCCAAGGACGCCUCGGUCGAGGCUCUCCUCCAGGAGCUCGACGCCAAGUUUACGCCCCAGCCGGCCUCCAUCCAGCGCGUCAUCCAUACCACCGUGGACAAGGGUCCGCACGUCGUCACCGACGAUGCCCUCUGCCUGAUCGACACCGCCACCGGCCUCCCCAAGGCUUGA